CCCUCACAAUUUUGGAUUUUGCCUCUCAAUUUCCUUUAUUUUGUUCUCACCCUCCUACCCUUUAAAGUAAAUUCACAAAUUUCAGACACCGAGCGGACUAUCCUACUGAACAUGAAAAAACAUUGGGGCAAUCCACCCUCACUCCAAGCAUGGAACUCUACAUCCCAGCCGUGCGAUUGGCCGGAGAUCUGGUGCGAAAGUGGCAGAGUCGUCGUAGUACGCCUGGCACAAAUGAACAUCACCGGAACACUUCCGACGACGAUCUGCGAGCUCGAAAACAUACUUGAGAUUAUGAUCCUCAACAAUGAUAUCUCAGGAACAAUUCCUCAAAGUAUAAGGAAUUGCUCGAAGCUGGAAACCUUGGACCUGACCGGUAAUUUCUUGACCGGUCCUAUCCCCGGCGAGUUGUUUCUUUUGCAGAAUUUAAAUUACUUGACCCUCAAAGAUAACAUGCUAUCUGGUGAGUUACCAAACCCAAUUGAACUUGUUAGUUUGUCGUUUUUGGAUCUUUCUUAUAACCACUUGAAUGGAUCCAUACCAGCAGAUAUUGGAAAGUUGUAUAAUCUGUCUACAUUGAUCUUGUCAAACAAUUCUCUUAGUGGUUCAAUUCCCAAUGGCUUGUUUCGGUUGCCUCAGUUAAGCUCUCUCACACUUGGUCAUAACAUGUUGUCUGGUGAAAUUCCAAGACACAUUGAAGGUUCUAUUUUGCGUUCUGUUGUUUUUUCUCAUAAUUACUUGAAUGGAUCCAUCCCGGAAGAGCUUGGGAAAUUAUGCAGUCUUUCUCUAUUGGAUUUGUCCAAUAAUUCUCUGAGCGGUUCAAUUCCAAAUGGAUUGUUUAGUUUGAAGGGUUUAAGCUACCUGUUCCUUGGUCAUAACAGCUUGUCAGGUGGCAUACCUGCUUCCAUGGAUUUUGAGUCUUUGCAAGAAAUUGAUCUUUCGCAUAAUUAUCUGAAUGGAUCUAUUCCGAAAGGUUUUGGAGAAUUAAGUGAGUUUCGGAGUUUGGAUCUCUCUGAUAAUCAAUUUUCUGGUGAUAUAUUGGCAAUUGUAAGCCAUUUCAGCUCUAAGCAUAUUUACCAAGCAACUAUAAGGCUUUGCUCUAACAUACUCUCUGGGAGAAUUCCAUAUGAGUUCACGAUACAGGCAUCCAUUAAUAAUUGCUUUGAUGUUUUAAACAUGUGUUCCAACAACGAAGUCAUGGGUCUCCCAAGCUGCCCUCCUUCCAAGCUGUGCUCUGAUGAAAAAUUUCAGGGAUUUCUAAGCUGUCCUCCUAAGAAACCUAAACACGUCAUCAUUAGAGUUCUAGCAGCAUUCGGUGGCCUUGUUGUAGGGCUAGUUGGGCUAAUUGUCAUUUUAUUCGUGACCGGAAAAUCCCGGAGCAAGAAGCGCGUGUGUGACGCUACAGAGUGGGACAUGAUUUGCUUUCAGAAAUUGGAUUUCACAAAAUGGGACAUUUUGUCGAGUUUGAGUGACAAUAAUUUAAUUGGAACUGGAGGUUUGAGUGACAAUAAUUUAAUUGGAACUGGAGGGUCAGGGAAGGUCUACAGAAUUCCCCUUAAUCAAACUGGCAAAUAUGUUGCUGUCAAAUGGAUAUGGAAUAAGAGAAAACCAGGCCACAGGCUCGAAAAGGAGUUUUUAGCAGAGGUUCAAACACUGGGGAGUAUAUGCCACACCAGCAUAGUAAAGCUUUUGUGCUGCAUUUCAAGCAAGAACACUAAGCUUCUCGUGUACGAGUACAUGAAGAAUCAGAGCCUUCAUAGAUGGUUGCAUGGAAGGAAGAAAGGUGCAUCAUCAGAUGGCAAUUUGGUUCUACGUGUUGUAUUGGAUUGGCCAACUAGGUUGCAGAUUGCCAUUAGAGUUGCACAAGGGCUCAGCUAUAUGCACCAUGACUGCUCUCCACCAAUCAUCCAUCGCGACAUAAAGUCCAGCAAUAUCCUUUUGGACUCUGAAUUUUGUGCAAAAAUAGCAGAUUUUGGACUGGCCAAGUUUUUGACUAGGAACAGAGAUCCUGAGACAGCAUCUGCUAUUGCUGGCACUUUCGGUUACAUUGCCCCAGAGUAUGCCCGCACAGCAAAGGUGAAUGUGAAGAUUGACAUAUAUAGCUUUGGGGUGGUACUACUGGAAUUGGCAACUGGACGAGGAGCUGUCAUUCAAGACGAGCACAUAAACCUUGCAGAAUGGGCAUGGCGGCACUGCAAAGAGGAAAAAUCCAUUAUCGAUGCCCUUGAUGAGGAUAUCAAGGAAGCAUGUUUUCUUGAAGAAAUGAGUGCUAUGUUCAAACUUGGGUUGUCAUGUACUGCAACUGCGCCUUCCACCAGGCCGUCAAUGAGAGAAGUUUUACAAAUUCUUCACAGUCGUAGUUUUAAUCGUUCCUGGGAAGAAGUUAGAAAAAUGUUGCUUGCUCCUCCUUUCAAAUACUAAAAUGAAGAAGAUCCAUGGAUAGACAUGGUGCAGGUGCAUAAGUUGUUACAAUACUUAAUUCCAGUUUCUAGUUACUGAACUGGCCAAGCUAGGUUUUUCUUGUUCAAUAUACUGUAUAGAGCUUUGCUAUUGCGCUAGUUUGAGAGACCGUACUUCUGUUUUUUGUUUUA